UGAGAUAUAUCUCAACAAAUGUAAGCGAUCAUUUAGAGUCACAUUGCUAAUUGUCCGUUACGUGGCAAGGAAAAUAUUACAAUGAAAAUUACAGUCAGUGCGAGCACGGUGACACAGCGGGCGAGUCGAUAUUGUUCUAAAAAAACCUUGAUAAAAACGUUAUCAGUCAGAUAAGCCCCGCUUCCACCAAGUAAAUCGUGUGCCAAUUCAGUGAAAAAUCAUCUGCGAAGUAAUACGUAUCUGUGUUAUGUGUUAAAGACAAAAUAAUAACAUUCGAGAUUUGAAUAAAUAAACAAAAAUGGCGGAGAAUAUGGAUGUCGGAAUGAAGUGCAUCAAAUACCUGUUGCUGUGCAUCACUGCCAUAUUUGUGUUAUCUUCUGCGCUCAUCAUCUCGGUCGGUACGACGAUCUACGCCAUCUACCAUGACAUCUCCUUCUUCCUCGACAGCCAAUUCUUCUCACCAGCCGUCUUCAUCAUAGUGAUUGGUGUUAUCAUGCUGUUCGUCUCUCUCUUCGGUUGCAUCGGAGCGCUGAAGGAAAGCACCUGCUUGGUCAACAUUUUCGCAGUGAUCCUCAGCGUUGUCCUCGCCUUGGAGUUGUCAGCGGCCAUUGCAGCGUACAGUCAGCGCACCCAGGUGGCUGCCAUGUUGGACGACAGGCUGCGGGAUACCAUGCCGUACUACUACGAAAACAACGAGAUCCAGGAUGCCUUCGACUUCAUCCAGGAGAGAAUGAACUGCUGCGGGGUAGACAGCUACAUGGACUGGGAGGCCGUCCCCCCGCCAGCGGGAGUAAUCAGCGAGAUCGUCGUCGGUAACAUGACCGUCCCUGUCUCCUGCUGCGCCGCCAGCAAUCAUGAGGAAGACAUUGAGGAGUGCACCAAACUGUACGCCAACGGCUGUUUACCACGCGUCUUCUAUCUGAUCUACCAGAGCGCUGGUCUACUGGGAGCCGGGGCCAUGACUAUUGCUUUCAUCCAGACAAUCGGCAUCGUGUUCUCAUUCUCUCUGGCCAGGUCGAUCCGCAGAGCGAAGAGUGAGCGCGAGCGCAGACGCUGGGAGAUUCAGGAGCGAGUCAUCAACGCGUACACCUCCCUCAACCCCGACCAGGAGAAGGUCGCGCCCAUUGUCUAUGUCCCCUUCCAUGGACAAACUAAAGCUUGAUGAGGUUCAAACGUCCAGAUACACAUUGGUCUAUGAUACGUUGGGAGAAUUUAACUGUCAUGAUGGAAAAUAAUUGUAUAAUUAAAUAAUAGAAAUAAUUCUUCUUUAAAACUCUUAUCGUAUGUCGGCUGUAUAAUUGUCAUAAAACUUUAAAAUAUAUCAACUCAUCCGAUUUCUUUGCUGUAUCUGGACAACCUCUGUAAUUGUAAUUAAAUUUUGGAGAUAAGCGUAUUAUUAUAUGUAUAGUAAAUUAUAUAUAUGUUUAACAUAAAAACAAAAGACUUUGACACGGUGACUGGAAGCUCAAAAUAAAAGACCAAUUUAACGACAGAUAUACAUAUAAUUUUUUUAAAAUCUAAUUUGAGAUAGCCAGUAUUAAAUUAGUUUUAAAAUGCUACACGAAAUAAUGUGUAAACAAAUCUUAAUUUUGAAAAAGCAAAGUAUUAUUGGAAGAAGCAUGUGAAGUAUUUUUUAUUAUAAAUUAUAGACUUUAUUUCUAAAA